AUAAUCCUCCAAUAAAACACAAGGAUGAAGGACUUCCUAUCAGCGCAUGUGCAAUAUAAAAGCUGUCCAAUCUUUAAGGGAACUUGUUUACGCCUGGGUUAGAUCCAAAACUGGGCAAUUUAUUAAUAUAGUUUGAAUAUAGCUGCGGUUGGGAGCAUUUAGAGGGCAGGAAAGGUCGGUUCUACGUCUUAAAGCUCUAUAGGUUCCGCUGAGCUCAGGAGGAUCAUGCAGAGGGACAGCAACUGGUUCUGCACCGUGGUGGACAUGAAGAGCCAGACUAGAUAUGUGUGCUACAGCCGCAGGAAGGAAGGAGGAGGAGGAGGAAGAAGACUCUGUGUUAAUGUCUCCAUGUCCUGCAGUGUGACGGACGCAGCAGCAGUUUGGAGCGCGGACUGCUCUGAGGACGUCCUGAAGCCGCAGGGACACAGGCCGGCCCUGAAAUCCACAGAGGAUGACAUCCUGAGGUUCAGGACGUCGUGCCUCAGUGGGGAUGUGAGAGUUGUGGUUCAGCACAGCAGGGCAGCUCUUCAUGUGGGCUCUGGACCGGCCGCACUCAGUGUGACCCUCACCAGGAUGGAGGCUCCUCAGGCCACAGAGGAGCUCAAGGAGCUGCUCUUCACCAUGGCUGACACACUUGCACAGCUUGACAGUGGGAGCUCAGCUGUGAAUCCUUUCAAGAGCCUGCAGCGAUGCCCAGCAGAUUUGAAACCCCGACAGCAGCAGAACGGCGCUGCGUCUGUGACCAAGAGGAGGCUUCCUGGGGCUUCACUGAUCAACCCCGGCACUAAGAAAAAGGUGCAAGCGACCGGCGUAGCCUUUGAUGAUGAAGAUGAAGUCUGAUUUGUUUUUAUUUAAUUUUUUAAUGUGUUUUAAAGAUGUCCAACUUUUGAGGAACUCAUCUUUUUAACCACUGUUGAGACGUUUACUCCAGACACGCACCAUACAUGCACGCACACACAAACUACGGACACAAAGAUUCUACACAAAAGCCUUUUAUUUUAUAUGGAAACUUUCUGUAGAAACAAAACUUAACUUAACUUUAGUUAAUUUAGAGCAUCGAUGACCACUGGGAGGACCUUUUAUUUAAUUUAAUUUUUUAAUACUAAAAAAUUAGUAGUAAAAAAAAUUAGCGUCAGCAGACGCCUCCUGGUCUGCUGACACAUCAGCAGACCAGGAGGCGGACCUUAGGAUAUAAGCAAUGUGUCUUCCGUGUUUGAGCAGAUGCUGUAUAAUUUCGGUUAUUUUCACUCCACAACAAAUUAGCCUGUGAGGGUAAGCGUCUCUCUUUUCUAGCGCUAAAAAAGAAUAAAAUAAGUAAAGUCUGAUUAUUUGUGUCGGCUGAUUUCCUGCAUGUGUGGUCACAUGGUUCCGGUCCGUCAGUAAACUUAUAUGAUAACACCACCUAAAGUAGCACUAAUAUUGUACUUUUAUUAAAUGUUUUUAAUUUGGAUUAUAAUAAACUUUGUCAUUAUAAAAUACA